ACAAUGUGGUACACAGGAGUUGCUUAAGAUUAACUGAUACCUUCAUCUCCUCUUUUCACACUUCGAUCAAGUCCUAAACAUUUAAUUUCCUCUAAUUCUUACAAUAUCCAGCAAUGACAAUAUCCAAGGAAUUGAAGGUUCCCACCAUAGAUUUUUGCAACCCAGAGCUAAAACCAGGUACUCCACAAUGGGAGUCCACAAAAACCCAAGUAAUCCAAGCUUUGCAAGAAUAUGGGAUCUUUGAAGCAGUUUAUGAUAAGGUUCCAAGAGAAGCCAUUUUUAAUACUUCAAAAAAAAUCUUUGAAUUUCCAUUGGAGACUAAACUUGAAACCAAAUCAACCAUACCUAUGCAUGGCUACCUAGGACAAUAUCCACAGUUGCCAGCUUAUGAAAGUUUGGGUAUUGCUGACGUCCUCAAAUCUGAAAGUGUUGAUUCUAUUGCCAAUAUCUUCUGGCCUGAUGGAAAUCCUGACUUUAGCAAUGUGCUCAAGACCUUCUCAGAGCCACUUGUGGAAUUGGAUGAAACGAUAAAAAAGAUGAUUUUGGAGAGUUUGGGUCUAAAAAGUUACAUUGAUGAAUUCUUGGAAUCCUAUUUCUACAAUUUCCGAUUUACGCAUUACAAUCCAGCUCUAGUAAAUGGUGAAGAAGGGGAUAAACCUGGAUUGAGUAUCCACACAGAUAGUGGCUUCUUGACCUUCAUAUUUCAAAAUAGUGUAAAUGGAUUGGAAGUUCAGACCAAAAAUGGAGAGUGGAUUGAUGUCAACAUUGCACCUAAUUCCUUGGUUGUUAUUGUAGGAGAUUCCUUCAUGGCGUGGACAAAUGGUCGAUUGCACUCUCCCGUCCACAGGGUAACACUGUCCGAAAAUAGCGAGAGGUUCUCCAUUCCAUUAUUUACCGUACCAAAAGAAGGCUACAUCAUAGAGCCACGAAAAGAACUUGUGGAUGAAGAACACCCUUUACUUUUCAAGCCCUAUAACAUUCUUGAAUUGUAUAAGUUUGUUAUGUCAAAAGAGGGUGCGUCAAAAGCUGGCAGUGAAGCUUUCAAGGCCUUUUGUGGUGUUUGAAUUGUUGCAGUUCUUAAGUUUUAGCUUUCUAUGUUUACUAUUUUUUUGUCAUAAUAAAAGUAUUGUCUAGGACUUUCCUGUUUGUAAGGAUUUGUAAUAAGUAUUUUAUGGUUUUAAUGAUGGUCUACUUUGCUAAUUAGAUUUGUUGUCUAGUGGAGAUCUCUUCCCGGCAAACAAAUAAAAGGGGCUAACUGGCUCUUAGCAGCAUUAACAUCAAUUAAUUGUUUCAUCAGUAUUUUUGAGUUAACUUCUUGAAUGAUCAUGUUGAUCAAAUUAAAGUCGUUUUCCUUUCAUUUGUCAAAAAAAAAAAAAAAAAGUCACUCAAUUAUUGUGGUCUCUCAAAAAACUAAAGUAGCCUUAAUAAGUCACUCUCAAGAAUGAGUAGGCGUUACUUUUAAAUUUAAACUAGUGAAUUUGACAGCGUUUCACGCGGCAACAAAAAAAACUAAAUAAUCUUUUCCAAUAUACGAAAAUUAAAAAAUUGUGUUCAAACUGAAAUAAUUUAGUAUCAGCUUUUUGACUAUUUUAUUAUUA